AUGCCUUUGCAGAGUUCCCUGAUAUUACCAGCCUCUGCUAUUACCUGGGGCACUGCUGCUGGCGGAUCCUCUGCUCCACGCAUGACCUCAUCAACUGUUGCUCCUGCAUCUCAAGCUUUACCACCUCCCCCUGCAUCUCUCCGCAUGCAGCUUCCUCCUCCUCCUGCUCUGUUGCCUUCACAUCAACCCCUCAGCACCACCCCUCCUGUCUCCGUUACCAGCAAUCCGUGCCAGUGCUGCUGCCAUUGUCACUUCAAGCAACAGCGACAGACACCUGCUCAGGGCACAGGCGUCUUGCUUCACGGUGGGGUCCCCGCCAACAGUAUGCACAAGGUGCAGACUGUCGCGAGCACUAGCGUACAGGCUGCUUCUCCCCUGACCUCCGCAGCUCCCCUUACCUUUGCCGCUCUUCCUGCUUCAGCUGCUGCAGCGUCUGGAAGCCCUGCCAAGAGCGGCCACCACCUGUUGGUCAUGCCUAAAGUGGGAGUUGCAUGGAAUCUGAAGUCAUGUGACAAGCCACGACACCAGCAGCCUUUGGGUUCCAAGACAUGGGAGCAACCACAGCUGAAUCAGCAGCCAAACCAGCCAAUGGCCCACCAGCAUCAGCAGCUUCAGCGCCCUCAGCAGCCACAGGUGCAGCCACAGGCGCAGGGACGGCACCGGAUGCUGCAGCUGCCACAAGGAAAGCCACAGCGUGCAAUGCAGCAGGAGCUGAGGCCGCAGCAGCAGCGACAAGUGCCACUGCAGCAGGUGCAAUUGCCGGCUGAGCAGGGCAAUAAGGCGGAACGGAAGCAGCGACAGCAAGGCGUGGUUGGUGGUGCCUCUGGUGCUGCCAUUCUGGGCGGCAGCGUCACACAUGCAUCAUCCUCCACGCUCCCAUCAUUUCCUCGUACUCACCCAUCUCGCAAUGCUGCAAAUGCAGCUUCGGCCACGUCCAUACCUGCUGAGCUUCCAAAGUGUUCGCUGAUUCCAGUCUCUGAUUCUAUUGCUGGAGAAGCAUUUGCUGAAUAUACUUGUGCUAAAGACACAUCUGCUGGAGGCACAUCUGCUGGAGGCAGAUCUGCUGGAGGCGCAUCUGCUGGCAGUAUGUCUGCUUCGGCCAGAGCUCCUUCCCUGGCUCCGCCCCUCCCAAUGUCGCUGCAGCCGCCUAGCCCAACCAUCAUCUCAUCAGCCUUCGCUCCUGCAACUCCAUCUUCACCGCGUUCCUCCCCGCUAACCCCAUCCGCCGUUUCAAACGCUCCUGCUUCACCUCCUGUGCCGUUCGCACUCUCACCUCCUCCUCUUGGCUCCACUCCCUUGGCUCUUCUUCCUGCCUCCACUCCCCUGUACCCAUGUCAGUGCAGUCGCCACUGUCGCUCCAGGCAGCAGCAGCAGUUGCAGCAGCAGCAGCAGCAGCAGCAGCAGCAGCAGCAGCAGCAGCAGCAGCAGCAGCAGCAGGCAGCACCAACUGCAAAUGGUACCGGCUACUCUCUGCAGGCCAACGCACCUGGCACCUGCGUGAAUGGGAACCAGAAUGGCACCAGUCUCAACAGUUCUGUUCUGACCUUUGAGGCUGCCAGGGUCAGUGGCAGCCACGCACCAGCUAUUCCGCCAGCUCUACCUGCUACGGCACCUGCCAGAGCCCCUGCCACCAAAUGUUUCUUCCCUGAACCUGCUACACAGUGUGUUGGCCCUCCUACAGUGCCGCUGCCAUCUCUGCUCGCGAAAUCGCCAUCCCGUUUCUCUGCUGGAGCCUGCAUAAGUGCUGCUGGCGCUGUUUUUCCACAAACUGCAGGUGGGCCAGCUUCACCUGCUGCCACGUCUUCACCAGUUGGUCUGAUGGUAAACAACUGCUCUCAAGUGGUGAGCAUUGAAGGGAGCGUUUGGGGGCUCAAGCCAAGGAACGUGACGCAGAUCCGGCAGCCGCUUUUGGGUUCCCAGACCCAGGAGCAACCGCAGCAGCAGUCAUCGCAGUCAAGGCAACCAAUGGCCAGUCAACUGCAGCAGCUGCCACUUCCUUCAUCUCUUCCCAAGAAGCACCAGGCACAGGGGUCAACACAGCGAGCACCACUCCAUUGCUUGCAACUGCAGCAGGGAAACCAGCAAAGGGAGAAUGCAUUGCUUCAUCGUAAGGCGAGCAGCAGCACAAGCACCUAUGGGCAGCAGAGACAAUGCAGUGAUCGCACUAGCAGUAUCACCACCAAGGAUGCACCUCAGGUCCGCAUUAGUAAUGACACUUCUCACUAG